AUGGCAAUUCCCUCGCAGGCUGCAGCUCGAUGCUGCAGAUACGUCGUCCGUCCUUCCACUUCCUCCCUGCGCAUCUCGUCUUCGUCCUCCACAUACCUGUCCCAGCGCCGGACGACGCCCGCACGACGAUGGCAGUCCACAGAGGCUGCUGCUGGUGCACAGGCCUCGACAAACCCCAAAAUCACGCAGAUUGUGGAUCAGAUCAGUCAAUUGACGCUUUUGGAGACUGCAGAUCUGGUUGCCAGCUUGAAGUCCCGCUUGAAUAUCCCUGACCUUCCCGUUGGUGGCUUCGCUGUCGCUCCCGGUGCUGCUCCCGGCGGCGCUGCUGCUGGCGGCGCACAGGCAGCUGCUGCGGAGGAGGAAGAGGCUGCCCCAGCUGCUCAGGAGAAGACGCUCUUUGCCGUGAAGCUCGAGGCGGUGGAUGCGGCCGCCAAGCCUAAGAUUAUCAAGGAGGUCAAGUCCAUGCUUGGCCUGUCUCUGGUCGACAGCAAGAAGUUCGUCGAGAGCGUGCCCAAGGUGAUGAAAGAGAACGUGCCGAAGGAGGAGGCGGAGAAGAUCGUCGAGACGCUCAAGGGGCUGGGUGCGAAGGCCUCCAUGGAGUAA